AUGGCGGCGGCGGUAGACCUGGAGGACGCGUUCGGCUCCGUCGUCGGCGAGGCCAAGCCGGAGGGCCUCCCGUCCCCACGCCCCAUCCUCUUCCGCGCCCACGCCCGCUCCGCCGCCGCCCUUCGCAUCGCCGCCACCGACUGCCACUCCCUCGCCUGGGACCGCUCCCUCUCCGUCUCCGACCUCGACGAUCUCAGAGACGAUGUUGGAAUCGGCGGAUCAUGGUCCGACUUCCUGGAUUACCUCAAGUCCUCCUUGUCCUCCGGGGAAGUGAAGCUGCUCUUCGCCGCCGACCAACUCCGCAAGUCACCUGGUCCUGAUGGUGCAAAGCUCGUGGCUACCAAGGCAAAGGGCCUGCCUCGCAUUGCCAUUUCUCUCCAGAGAGUUACUGGCGCUGCGGUGAGUGAUGUCGUAGCCGAGAUCUCGCUUGCGCUUUACGCCGCUUAUAGGACUACGCUGGAGAGUGCAUCCAGAGAACAGGAACGAAUGUCGCAGUUGAUGGUGAGCCUGUCAUCUGAAAGAGAAAAGAAUGAAAUCAUGCAAAAACAGCUUGAAGCUGUUUCUUUCCUAGACAGAAGAAAGGCAACAAAGCCAAAGCUGAUAGCUGAUGAGGUUCCAAGUGUGUCUGGUGUGACUUUGGGCUCCGAUCAAGUUACAGCUCAUGUGGAGCAGAAAAUAUCAGUGCCUUCACCUAGUAAAGUCCCUCCAGCUAAAGCCACGAAGCGAGUAGCCCCCAAGCCUCGGAGGGCAAGGGCGCGAGGAGCUUUGCUGCAAGAUAAUGAGGAUGAUGAAGACAAUUGACAAAAUUUAGAGGGUCGGACAGAAGAAAUAAGAAACUUGCCAGGAUGUCGAGCUUCCUGAAACGGCUCUCCAGGAAAGCAGCUAGACGAUCGAUGCUGGAAGCAUCCGUCACCUCCAACUGGUGGAAGACGAUGUCGGAGAGUCCCAACGCCUUGAGCUUCUCGACGGCCGCCAUGCCCCUGGCCUCGUCUCUGGCCAUCAGCACGACGGAGACGCCGUUGUCGGCCAGCUGCCGGCACACCUCUAGCCCGAUGCCUUUGUUGCCUCCGGUUACCACGGCAACCCUGGAAAAUUGUAUUACUUGUAGAACUACUAUAAUGACGAAUUAAUUCAGCUAGCACAGGGGUUAUGGGGCCAUACCUUGUGUUGGGGGAACGGGAGAUGAUGGCCCCUUCCAUAGGAGCUGAUUUUGACUGCUUGGAGAUGGGCUAACGACAGGUUUAAGUAGAACAAAGCUUCAGACCUUUCAACCAACCUGAUGGUAUUCGUGUGCGGUGACGUUUUCAUUUUUACAUGUGCAAGAAGCUCCCUGUAGUUUCUUCGUUUGGUUAAUGAUGACUACCCUUAACCGCA